AUGGAAGAAGAAAACUUAUUUCCGUCUCCCAGUGAUGUUGAAGCGUCCGAGGGUGAAGAGGAGGAAGAGGAAGAGCCACCAGAAUAUGAGGAUGUCAAUGAGAUGGAUGAAGCCUUGAGCCUCGAGAGACAGUUGGAUGACUUUCGGAUGCGGUGGCAGCAGGAGCUUCUGGUCAGCCAGAACUCUGAAGAAUCGUCCAAUGGAGCAGCCGUCCCAGGCAGCAGUGCCGAUACUAAUCAUGACCGAGUUCUUAGGAGUGUGGACAAUAUGGAGACAGUCAAAAAUAAGGCUCAGUGGUUCUAUUUAGAAGGAAUUAAAGCUGAACAAAAUGGGAAUUUGUAUGACGCUGUAAGCUUUUAUAGGCAAGCAGUACAGUUGGUUCCUGACAUUGAGUUUCAAGUGAAUUUGACUGGUCAAAAACCAAGACAAAGGCAAGUGAGUGAAACAUCUGUUGGCAGCAAUACGUCAGUAGAAGACCUUGAAGAAAGUCUGCAGAACCAACUGAAUCAAUUGCAGGCUUCGCAGAACACCAUUUGUCAAGCUGCAACUGAACAGAGGGGCACCCACAUCUCUUCAUUGCCUGUGGAAGUUGUGAUGUAUAUUUUUAAGUGGGUUGUAUCCACUGAACUUGACACAAGAUCAUUAGAGCAGCUGUCACAGGUGUGCCGUGGCUUUUAUUUGUGUGCUCGCGAUGAAGAGCUAUGGAAGCUUGUCUGCACCAAAAUCUUUAAGGAUGUAAAUUGCCGUAGCUAUAAGAAAUAUGGUUCUUGGAGAAACAUGUAUUAUCAAAAACCUCAUGUGAGGCACAAUGGAUGCUACAUCAGUAAAUGUUCUUACAUUCGACAGGGUGAGAAAGGGCUUGAUCACUUUUACAAGCCUUGGCAUUUGGUAGAAUAUUAUCGCUUUGUUCGUUUUUUCCCUAGUGGUGAGAUUGUGAUGAUGUCUAGCCCUGAAGAACCCUCUGUAUGCAUUCCUAAGCUGAACAUCAAGUCCAAACAUGCUAGCAUGCUGACAGGCUUCUACAGAUUAUCUGGAAAUACAAUUACUGCAGUUCUGACUCGAGUCAAAAGUGCUGAGAACACCAACCAGUACAAUCGUCGUAACAGACGGAAUUGUCAGAAUGAAAAUGAGGAAGCUGAGCAGAAGUUCAAUGUGGAGUUCAAUUUGGUCACAGCUGGUCGACGUAAAUUUGCCAAAUUACAGUGGAAACACUAUUCUGCAAGAACCUUUUACAGGUCCAGCAAUGGUGAAACUGUGGUUGAGUUUGAGCUGAGUGAGCAGAAUUAUCCGCCAUUAUAUUUCUCCCGUGUAAAAAGCUUCACUUGUUGUUCACAUAUGCCUCUUGAGUAA